CGGUGCCGGCGCACAACGCCCAAGGAGCGCUUCAAAACCCACACAGCCGAACACGCGACCACACGUAACCGCCGGGGGAUACGCACCGCUGCCUUGUGCACGUAACGGUAACACAGCACGCUUGUUUGAGCGAGUUUGUGCGGUGGUGGAGGUGAGCGUUUGCGAGCUGCUCGGCCGUGCGGUGCCGCCUGUGACCGGGGGCUGUCGCGCCCCCGACCGCAGUAACUGUAGCGCGUGUGUCCGUCUGUGGCCAGGUGUCGAGCGGCAGCGGCAGCGACAACGGUCGGACGACGGCGUCGCCGCCGCCGGGCCGCGUGCCGGCGCGCCACCAGAGCCCCGGCCGCAGCCUGACGCCGGCCGCCCUGCAGCUGUCGGCCGCCUCAGGAGCCGCCUCGCGCGAGCCGGCGCCCACGCCAUUCAACAAGAUGGUGGAUGAGAUAAUGGGUCGGUGCGGCCCGUCGACCGGCCGGGACACUGUGCUGCAUCAGCUGUCUGCUUACCGCAGCCGGCGGGGCGGCACGCUGCGCGGCGUGCCCAGCGUCCAGGUCAUCAGCGAGGUGACGGCGCUUAUCCGGGGCGGCGAAGCCAAUGGCUCACCAGGAGUGGCGGCUGGCUCGGGACCGGCCGUCCAGACCGUCGUCUCCAGAGAGGUGUGCACCAUCUGCCUCGAGCCCUGCCAGCCCAACCAGUCACGUCAACUGCAGUGUGGCCAUCAGUUCCAUGAGUUGUGCCUGAGGCGCUGGCAGAGCGGCGGCGUCAUCACCACCUGUCCCAACUGCCGUCAACUGCUAGCUGAGGUGGACUUCCCGCCCCUCGAGUAGCCCGGCCGCGCUCUUCGGGCGGCUGUGAACGGGACCAGGCGGCUGACGCUGCCCUGCGGCGGCGGCGUCAGCGGCGCUCUCGCCUGCCGCGGCCAGCCGGUCAGGCCGUGAAGAGCAGGCGGCCGCCACGCCCGGCGGCCGCCUGCUGCCUUCUGAUCGUGCUCGACAGUACUGUGAUGACGGAACCGUGUGUCGGGGGGGCGUGGCGCCAUGGCGCCCGCGAGGCUGCCGCGCCGUUUGGCGAUCUCUACAAGAGGGCUCGUACGCCGGUGCCCUGGUGAAUCACAUGUGAUCGUGAUUUGGCUGUGCUUGUUGGUUGGGGCGUGGUGCCGAGGUGACCAGCCUGGUACCAUCUUGCCCUUGAAGUUGGUGUUCACGGGGCUCGCCAAGACCCCUAAAACGAGACUCGGCUAUCUUUUUCCUUUCCCACUGCGCCGUUGUGACACGCUUAAGUCACAUUUUCGCUGUCGUUCCGGUGGCCCAAGCGCGGGCCGCACCCACUCUAGCGACACCUCCGGAGUUGUUUUUUGCGGGGGGGGGGGCUUGUUUGCCGAGCACGCCGCCGCAUUGACCAUGCUUGUUGCUUUGCUGCCUUAGGUAGUGUGCCGUGACAGCUGCCCGACUGGAGGCAGGCAUGUCGGGCACUGCGUGCGCUAGCACACACUGGUGGGCGUUAUCGCCCCGCUGUCGAUGGCACCUGAUCACUUCAUCCUUUCGAUAAUUCACCGGCCAGCUGUGACUGCCUUUGAUACACAUAGCCUAUGGGAUAUCCUAGAAUGAAUACUUGCGUUUGU